AAGAAGGUGCAGCCCUAAUCUAAUUUAUGCCUGCGGUUUCACUCAUAUGAGAACAAUCAAAUCCCUCACUCACUAUUUGUUCCUAUUCUGCUCUUUCUUCCAUAAACUCACAUUGUCUCUUCCGUUACUCAGAUCAGUUUGUUAGAAAGGGACAAUGGAUGUGGUUAUGACACCAGCUAAAGAAGAACCUAAUUCUGACGAUGAGACAAAAGGGACUGAAAACACCAUCAUGACUGAAGAAGCCCUGGAGAAAUAUGGAGGCUCAGGCUUUGAUUCCAGAGAUCGAAGAAAAAGUAAAUACCUGUCUUCCCCCUACACAAACAUUGGGCCAAAGCAAAAGGAUUUGCCUGCUGAAACAGAAGAUUUGAGGACACCAUGUCCUUCUCAGAAAGCAGAGGCUUCAAGUAUAGCCACUAUGCCUUUACAUGGAUCUUCUUCGAAUGCUAAAUUGGGUAGCAAGAGGUUCCGAAAGAACUGGUACAAAAAAUUCAUCAGCUGUAAUACUAUGUCCAGCAAUCAAGAAUUCAUGAAUGCAUCUGCAGAUGAAUUACUUUCAGGACUUUAUUCUACAGCCAUUGAUUGUAUGUUUCCAGUUGGGAGUAAGAGCUUUGAUUUAGUUGAGCGGUUCUUUUGCAGAUAUAGAGUAUCAAACUAUCAUGAUGAAGCUGAACUUGCUACUUCCCUGGUUAAUGCGAAAGAAGAAAAAAUUGGGGAACCUGUGGGUGAUUUACCAGAUUCCAAAACUAAGAAGAGAAAGAACAAUAAAAUGGAAAAUACAGUUAGGCGUAAGCGAAAAUCACUCUCUGGCCUAUCAGAUGUGAAUGCAAACACUUCUAGUUGUGAUUCUUUGAAGCCUGAGAGAAUAUUGAAACAAAAGAGGAAGGUAAAAGAAAUUACUUCAGUGAAUCAGCCACAAAAUGUUGAGAUAAAUAUGAAUGGGAGCAGCAGCAAUUACAGCUCAGUUCCUGAAGCUUCACAAAAUCUUAGUUGCCUUGCUUCUGAGGGAAAGGCCGUGCAUAAAAAGAGGGGAAAGAUAGAAGCACAAAAGCAUCAAAAUACUCAAAUUAAUUCAGUGCAUAGGGAUGCAAAAAGCCACAAUUGCAGUUCACUGGUAAUAGAUUUGCAGUUUACAUCCCCUGCUAUACCUGUUGAUAUUCCUGAGAAAAAUAAAUACGAAAAUAAGGAAGAACUAGUUUUCUUAGCUUCAAAUCCAGAGUCACGUGUUUCCCAGGAAGGACAAGUUGGGAGUAUUAUUGAUCACAGGUUGUUGCUAAGUACUAAGGCUGGGGUUGGUACUGUCCUGGGAAAUAAAACAGGGUUGAAGAAUAGCAUGGGAAAAGCAGCAGAAGUGCCUCUCAAUACUAAACUUGCUAUAGAGAAAACAGGGCUGAAGAAUAGCAUGGUGAAGGCAGCAGAAUUAGCUCUCAAUACUAAUCUUGCUAUAGGGAAAACAGGGCUAAAGAAUAGCAUGGUGAAGGCAGCAGAUUUGCCUCUCAAUACUAUACUUGCUAUAGGGGCAACAGGGCUGAAGAAUAGCAUGGAAAAGACAGUAGAAAAGCCUCUCAAUACUAAACUUGCUAUAGAGAUACCUGAUUUGAAUGGUACUGGCUCUGAAUACAAUUCAAUCAGUCCAGAAUUUGAUGGUGUCAAUUUCUUUUCACCUGAACCGAAAUCAGAGCAGUCAAGAAGCUUUUUAGAAUGUUCAACACCUACUACCAAAACUACUUCUUACAAUAGACUGGAGGAUAAUGGAGAAUCACUUGGAAACUGUCUUCUCCUACGAUUUGCCCGUGAAGCGUAUAUCCCAUCAAAAGAAGAUUUAAUGACAACUUUUUGCCGGUUUGGUCCUUUGAAGGGGUCUGAAACUCAGUUGUUAAAAGACACUGGUAGUGCUCAAGUUGUUUUUGUCAGAAGUGCAGAUGCUGCAGCAGCAUUUCAUAGUUUACAGCAGAACAAAUUUGUCUUUGGUUCUACUGUUGUUGAUUGCAAGCUCCAACAUCUUUCUGCAGCCUCUCCACCUGCAGAGCAACUUGUGACCCCUGCCCAACCAACUGGUUAUACGACAAUGCCUGGUGUGACCCCUAUCCAACCAAAUGGAUAUAGGACAAUGCCUGGUGUGAACCAUACCCAACCAAAUGGGUCUAUGGUGGCAAUGCCUGGUGUGAUCCCUACCCAACCAACUGGGUCUGUAGCAAUGCCUGGUGAGACACCUCCCCUUCAGUUUAUUAAGCAGAACUUGCAGAUGAUGACAUCAGUCCUGGAGAAUUCUGGGAGUAGUCUUUCUCCCCAGAUGAGAGCCAAACUGGAUACUGAAAUUAAAACCCUUAUGAGAAAGGUGGAUUCUAGGACAAAGGCCUGAACAGUGAGUGCCACUGGGAGCUUUUAUUUUAAAUUAGUCAUCACUGUAGUUAAGUAGUUUAGAGUAGUCAGGGUUUAAGUUCUGGUCCUCUUUCAGGCCUUGUACUGGUGGGCUUUCCUCCCAUUCUUUGACUUCUGAACAAUUCAUUUGAAUGGAUCAACGAUAUUUAUGAAUGAAUGUCAUUUGAUUCAAUAUCA